CUGCCUGCCGCUGCCGCUCCAAGUCAGUGUUGCCGCCACACCUGAAGGUAUGGGUACGUGUCUGUGGGCCUGACUGACGUGUCACUUGGUACUCUAAAACCUGGCUAGCAACGCGGUGUUUACCAAGGACCCAGCAGAUCUCUCGCCUUCAGGAGUGUGUGAAGUGUGGCGUGAAUCUUUAUUCGGCACACCUCAGGAGAGCAGGCUGGAGGCUCGCUCGCGUGGGAAGCAGAGGACUGGUCGAGUGAAGAGUUAAGAGUAAGGAGUCAACAGUUCUCCCGUCCCUCUCUCUUUCUCAGUCCAAGGCUCCACUCCCGUCACCUGUCCUUAACGUGCCUGGCGUUACCUGCCGUGUCCGCUGCUGCUGCCCAGGUACUCCCAGGUACUCACAACUUAUGACCCGCAGGUGACUCAGGUGCUCACUCAGGUACACUCACAUACGCAAUGGUGGGGAGUCGUGGCAUGCCAACACCUGUGAUCAACGUACCUGGUUAAUUAGGGCAAAAUAAACACAAGACGCAGACGAAGUAACAAUAGAAGCAGAAGAAGAAGAGAAGGAAAAAGAGGAGAAAGAAGAAACUAGCGAAGGAGGAGGAGGAGGAGGAGGAGUAACAGAGAAGGAUGAGGAGGUGACGGGUGAGCGAGGAAGAGGAAGAGGAUGCGUUUGUUCAAGAGGAGGAGCAGUGACCCCUCGCCGCGCCUGGUGUCCCUCUCCCCACUGAGGCUCGACCACGCCUACGCUGAGCCGCCCUUCCCCGCCCGCACCGCCCUGCCCGCCCCCCGCCCGCAGGAGGACGCGGAAGAGGACCUGUACGCUACUGUAGAAGGCGACAACGGUGAGGAUGCAGGGGACGGCGCGGGGGAGGCGGAGGAUGACGAGGAUGAGGACGAGGAUGAGGAGGCCAUCUACGCCACGGUGGAGGAGGCGCGGGCGUACUGCACCUCCGAGGGCGUGUCCAAGGGCGCCUCCACCAACCAGUACACCGCCGUGCCCGCCCUGGUGGUGCAGGAGGUGGUGGGGGUGGCGGGGACAGGCCUCGACCACCACCACCACCAUCACCACCACUAUCAUCAGCAACAGCAGCACCAUCAAGUGUCCGGACCGAAGAAGGGUUUUUCCACGUGGGGCCGCAGGAUGGGCAAGAAGCUGGAGCAGCUGACGCGCGGCGAGGGCAAGGAGCACAUCCACUUCCCGCUUGGCUCCACCCGCAGCCGCAGGAGGAAUUGGCGGCCUAAUAAGGAGAUGGAAACACUUCCUGGGGCGGCGGGGUCGAGGGGCGGCAAGGCGGCAGCGCGGCAGCCUCGUAAGGCGAAGGUGGACCGCGUGGAGAGCAUCCGUAACCUGUUCCGCCGCUCCCGCAGCUGGGACUCCGCUAAGGACCUGGAAGACGACGCCGCUCCCCGGGGUACCCCGCUGGGGGAGGAGCGGGCGGGGACGGGGUCAAGAGUCUCUCCGAGGACCCCGACAACGUGUACGAGUCGCUGAAGGACAUGAGCAGCAGCGAGCCUGGCGGCGGCAAGGUGCUGUUCCGCAGCGCCUCCACCUCGCUGCUGCCAGGCUGCGAGGCAGGCGUGGACUGUGACGAGCGGGAGGACUUGGUUCCCGAGGUGGAGUGUGACA